CGCCAGGUUCCAUCCUGCAGACGAUUCUCCCAAUUGGAAGGGGUAAUUAAUUGUAUGAAAUCGUUUGGGAGAUUUUUUUGUGGAUCUUCUGAUAUAUCUGUGAGCAGAAUUCUAUCGUUUUUGGUUGACCAUUGUAGAUAUCGAAAGACGCUAGUGUUUUCAGGACAAAUUUUUUCAAAUAAAUUUUAAUCGUUUAUUUAUAGCUUAUGAUACUCGUCAAGUAAGAUCCCAUUGACAACUUCCGAUCGAGUGUUUAUUUACUAGAUACUAAAAAGGUAAUCUUUAGUUGAUAAAGGAUUGCUGAGAGUACAUGCUGAAGAUAACUGAUAGGAUGUUUCAUUGAGUGGCUCUGUGUAUUUAAAAAGUUCAAAUUUUGUCCUUCUGACAAGUAGAUUGUUUGUGACAUAGCUCUAAGAAAGUACCUACCUAGACUUGGAUGAACUUUUUACUUAUUUCUCUCUCUUUUGAUGGUCGAAUAGACUACAUAUGAUCAUCCAAUUUUUUUGAAUUUGCGCUUUUACAACAUUUACAAAGAUGGAUAGAUAUAGACGUGAACAAGCAUCCAUUAGGACCACUGACUGGAACUUAAUGAGAGUAUCUGGGAGGAUUUCCACUAUAAAUAACAGACAUUUUUCACUGAGAAAAGGGCGUCAUCCGUUUGAAAACUUAUUGUCAUGUCUUGUAUUGUUCUUGGUGUGCUUGCAUGUUGUUCUAUCUGACUUACCAGAGGAAGAUACUUUCCCGAAGGAAAAAUGUGAAACAGCAUUGCCGGAAUGCCAGUGUGAAGAUUAUAUGGAUGUUGUUGGACUCAUAUGCCGGAAUGUAAAGAAUUUCGAAACUUUCUCUCGAACGCUAUCGGAUGGGUCAGUGUUUGAGGUCAACACAACAUACGAGAUUGUCUUGAAAGGAGUUCGAGUAUUACCUCGUCAGUUUCUUAAAGGACUGAUUGUGCAAAGAUUGUUUAUCGAUGAUAUUCAGACAGAGGUCAUAGAAGACGGGGCUUUUGAUGGAAUGUUACAACUUAAGAAAUUCCAAGUAAAGCUCAGUUCUAUAAAGGAAAUUCCGGACUUCCGUCCUGUAAGUAGCUCCUUGAAAAAUUUGAUUCUCGACAACAGCCGGUUGACCUCCAUCUCUGGUAGCAGACUUCAGAAUCUACCGAAUUUGGAGACUGUCUCUUUUGUAAACAACUCUAUCCAAUCUGUGGCAUCGGAUGCAUUUCAGGGCACAAACAAUUUGAUCAUCUUUGACUUGUCGUGCAAUCAGCUGAAGGCCCUUCCUCCAAAAUUGCUCAACCCCUGGAAAAAGUUAAAUAAAUUGGCGUUGACAUCUAAUCAGCUACUGUAUGUUGACCAGCUGUUUGCCGUUACUCAUCCCAAAUUUAUAUAUUUGGAUCACAAUAACCUGACCGAUUUGGAUUCCAUACUCCAUCCUAACAUGCCUGAAGUGCAAACGCUGCUUUUGUCUUACAACCCCUUGUCGAAGAUUACAGAGAAUUCCUUCAACGGCAAAGUGAACAAUGCAAGAUUCCUGUACUUGGAUCACUGCCUCAUUCGGGAAUUCAAUGCGAGCCACUUUAAGGAUCUGGCCCUUUUAUCAACCCUCGAUCUCAGCUACAAUCUCAUCGAAAAGGUCGAUAAUCAGACGAUAAAGUUUGGGUCUGGAGUUGAGCUUCAUUUCACUGGAAAUAAGAUCACGGAGUUUAAUGUGGAUCUAACAUACAGAGUGAAGCAUGUGUAUCUGAACAAGAAUUUGUUGACUUCCGUCGCUCGGACACUUCGGUACAGUCAACUUUUUGAUGUUAACAUGGCUGAUAAUCGAAUCGAGACAUUGGGACCACAAGACUUUCAUGGGGUGCACGGGAUUCAAAAUAUAAACCUGCAGGGGAAUUUAAUUUCCAAAGUAGAUUCUCAGACUUUCAAGGGCAUUCGCAGAGAUCUCACUCACUUGGACCUCAGCCGAAACCAGAUUCGUUCUCUCCAAGGUUGUGUUCGAGAUCUAUAUUUGCUCGUUUCUUUGAACCUCACUGGUAACAAGAUAGAGUCUUUUGAAGAAGGUGAAUUUAUAGGGCUGGAGGAACUGCUGGAAUUAUAUCUGGAUGGCAAUCUUCUCACCACGCUGGGCAACGAGAUACAGCUCCUCAUCCAGUUGCAGCACCUCAUCAUAUCUAAUAAUAGAAUAACAACGAUUGAACCCGAUCAAAUACCACAUACACUCAAGUUUCUUUAUUUAGAUGGCAAUCCUUUCAAAUGUGACUGUCAGUUGCUGCCUUUCCUUGAAUAUCUCAAUUCUUCUUCUGUUGGGACUGACGGGCCACUUUGCACCCUUUCCAACCAGACAUCUCAGUUGCCACCUACCAAAUGCCCAGAUGGGUGCAACUGCUCUUGCACGCAAAACAAAGACAAACGCUUCAUGUCCGUGGACUGCAGUUCCGCAGAACUGACCGAGUUGCCGCCUUUGUUCACGACUGAAUACCAUUCCACAACCAAAGAAAACUGUUCAUCAAUUGUGAUCCACUUGCCACGUAAUACCCAGUUUUCUCAAAGUGGCCCUUUCGUAAUCGAAGAUGAGAUCAGGGGUCUAAAUCUUUCCCACAACAAAUUGAAAUCUCUUGAAGAUGCUGAUUUGCCUGGUGGAAUGAGUCACCUCUUUUUAAGUAAUAACCUUCUCCACAAACCACCUCUCUCCUUGCUAUACUCUUUGGAGAAACUGACCAAUGUGACGUUCUCUGGCAAUCCGUGGUCUUGUGAUUGUGAUUUGUUAUCCUUCAAGGGGUGGAUUCUUUACAAAUCUGAAAUCGUGGCAGAUGGCAACGAUACUCGCUGUGGUGCUCAGUCUUCUGAACUCAAUGGACGUGUGAUUUGGUCACUAACGGACAUGGACCUCUGUCCUGUCAGCACUGCAGCGUCUACAUCGCUCAUAAUUGGACUUUGUUUUCUCCUGGCUGUUUCUCUUGUAAUCAUCGUGUUGAUUGUUCACUGGACGAAAGUAAGAAUUUGGCUGUUUGCGCAUGGCGUCACCUGCUUCCAAAAUUAUGACGCUAUUCAAAACAAAGAGUCUGAAAACCUCCUACAGAUGAAUGGACUCUUGAAUGAGCAACGAGGUACAGAACACUUGGUCAGUUUUCCACUUCCUGAUGACAAUGCGUAUCGGCAAGAACACUCUAGGAUUGGAGCAGAAUUCCAUGGAAACGGUGGUAGUUUAUUUCAGGAACAGCCCGCUGAUCGAGCAUCUGCAAAUAGAUACAUCAGUGUAACAUCUCAAAGCAAACUGCCUAUGUGAUAUUAAAGGAGCAAGCGAAAAAAAGUUUACGGAAUAUGACAUAAUAACUUGUCACUUUAAAAAAAAAUAACAUUAUUUAGAAUGGAUACCAUUAGUUUAAUUUUGAAGAUAUAUGUACAAUUCUGAUGGCAUCAACUUUCAACAAAUCUUGACGUGUGUUCAUUUUAUUUCUUGAACUGCUAAAGGCAAAUUGUUCUGUGAUAAGUAAAUAUUAAAAAAGAAGUUUUUUUUGUGAUUUGAAACAAUUAAGUUUGUUCUUUGAUAAAAUACAGGCUGUAACGCCAUGAACUAGAAAAGCAUGUAUUUGUUACAAGGCAAUAACGAAUAGAGGGUGUAAGUAAUAAUUAGACAAGGCGCAUACCCUGGUCUAGGUCCAAUACCUGAUUUCUAAAUCCUUAAUGACAGGCAUAUACUUCCAAUUGGGAAAAUGCUCUUAAUGACUUAAAUAAUUAUAUCUUAUACUGUUUAAGUCAAUAAAUAUAAUUCUGAAAAAAUUAGAAAAUUUAAAUUUUUAUAUACUCCCCCUUAAACCCCUUCGUAAUUGAGGAUGAGAAUUGUAGCUGGUUCUCGCCACCCUGGAGGGUACACGAAAAUGUGAGGGUUUGGCUCCUCCCAUCGAUGGCGGGACGUGUUUCCUUAGGGAUGGUUUGUAACGUGGCCGGUGAAGGCCCUUAGAUUCAAAUACAGUUCCCACCAGUGGUGUUGUAGCGGCGGUCCGAUUAUUCAGCUUUUUAUCCGUGUGCCUUCUAGGCGGAUCAGAGAGUCAGUGAUAGGUCUUACUCCUUCCCCCCUACUAUUAGUCAUAUUUAAUAAAUUAUUUGAGCAUGUCAUUUUAAUAAAAAUACUUCCAUCUUUUGCGGCUAAAAUUGAUUUUUUAAAGCGCCAAAUUUCUUUACUUUAGGUCAAUCAAGGUUGACAAGUUGAAAGAUUAAAGCAUCUUUUACUUAAAAUGUGGCAUACUAAUUAUGAUUAACAUAGCUGGUGAGACUAUAUAAAAAUUUAGACUGUAUAAUUAUCUCAGAAAUACAUUAACAGAAGCAACUUGAAAUAAAAUUUUCCAUUUUUCCAAUUGGAAGUUUGCCUGCUCCUUAAGAUUUAGAAAUCAGCUUUAGGACGCGAUUAGAGUGGAAGUACUAUUGCAUAAUGUGCCAUUGCUGUUGUUAUCUCUGUAUGUAAUAUUGUACAACAUUAAGAAAAUAAUAUAAAAUGCAGGAUUUUUAUAAUGAAAAAUAUUAUAAAGGUCUUACAUUUUACAGCAUUUGAAUAUUGUUAAGCAGUAUUGUAUAUUAUUUUUUACAAAUUUUACAAUGUUGUCCAGUAUUAUGUAAAGAAGAGUGUAAGUUUUUCGGCCAAAAAUGUGAAAUUUUAAUAAAUAUUGCAAUACAUUAGUGUGUGUACACAGUGCUCUUUUUCUAAGGCAAUGAAGGUGUUAUUUUAUUUUUGAAUGGUUUCAUGAAAUUUAAACAGUGUCAUAAUGCGCAUUUUUUUUAAUUAUUAAUUAGCUUAUAUUGCUUAUUUUUAGAACAUAAUUUCUGAUUAUAAUCUUAUUUGUGUAGUCAUGUGAUGCAUAUAUAAAUCGUAUAUUUAUUUUUGAAAUGUAUGUUCGCAAACUUGAAACUGAUUUUUUUUUAUUAUAUUUUUUCUUUAUCGCUUACAUUUAUUUGUAGAAUCAUUUGUUGCUAUAUAAAUACUUUAAUAAUUACGCAAUAAGGAUUUUUUUUUUUUUACUACUCUGAUGUUUAACAAGUUUCUAUAGUUAGUAAAAAGAAACUAAUUUGUUUAAAAAAUUAAAUAUUUCUUUGAGAUUUUAUAUAUAUAUAUAUAUAUAUAUAUAUAGUGUGUGUGUGUGUGUGUGUGUGUGUGUGUGUGUGUGUGUGCGUGCGUGCGUGUGUGUGUGUGUGCGCGUGCGUGCGUGCGUCCUGUUUUCUUGUAAAGGGAACUUCGUAUUUGUGAGAUUAAAUUGUGCCAUAAAUGUUAAACAAAUCUCAUGUGCCAGUUAAUCAUAAUCCAUGUUGUUCUAUGAAUUUAAAAUUGGUUGUAAAGCGAAAAGUGAAAUUAUGAAAGCUUUUUUUUUUUUAAUUAAAAAUGUAAUUUUUGCUCUUAAUGGAUUUUUGGCCAGACAUGAACUGUAGAAGUAGUGUAGAUGAAUGUGCAUUUCGAAUUUCAGUUUAAGACUAAUUCAUUGUUCAGAAAUUUUAAAAAUUUCAAAACCAUGUAUAAAAUAGUUCUCAAAUGUUCUUUUUACAUUUAUAUGUGAAGAAAAAUUCCAAUAUUCAAAGUAAUUUUUCUAUAAAUUUCAUUUUACUUCUUGGCAUUGUUCUUUCAAAGAUAUUCUUUGCAUUUAUACCCUUACACAUUGCAUAUGAAUUUGUGUAUGUAAGAAAAUAAUGUGUUCAAUUUGCAUUCAGAUAUUAUUAUGCAAUUAAUGUUAUUACAUAUUGUUCAUUUAUUUUAUUUUAGAAAUUUUAAAAAAUGUAACACAUUAAGCACAUAUUUUUUCAUAUGUCAAAAAUAAUUAUGGAUAUAGUGGUAUUUGGCUAAUUCAAAUUCUCUCUCUCUCUCUCUCUCUCCAUCACCUCUCUCCCUCUCACUCUUGAGAUUCUUAUUAGUAAUUCAAAACAAUUAUUUAUCUGCAAUUCGGACUCAUUUUGAUAAAUUCGGAACCAAAACUAAAAAUUAGCUUUAUUUCUUAUUUUUAUUAGUAUAGUCCAUACUCUAUAUACCUGAUAAUCAUUGAUAAUAAUUCUUUAAUGCUAUAAUUUUAUUGAAGUACUUAACUGCUCUAUGAUGCAUUGAUUAAGAAAUUUCUUAUUAAAAAAAAUUUGAAAUUUUUAGUUGUACUUUUUUUUAAGUUUUAUUUACAAUUGUUGCAUUCAAAUGUUGAAUAAUAUUUAUUGAAAUUUUUCUUUUAUUGAAAUUAUUACUUUCAAAAGCAGUAAAAAUAUUUUAGUUGUAGUUAUUAUCAAAUUACUCAUUUAUUAAAAUAUCUAUCUUGUAAUUGCAUUGUAUAUUUUUUAACUAUAAUUAUUAUCACUUCAUUAAAAUAACUUUCUGUUUCUAUAUAAUUUAUUACAAUUGUUACUUAUGAAAAAUAAAUCUUUAUUAGCUUUUUGAAUUUCAUUACUGUUACAACUGUUCAUUAAUGUUUUGAAGUUCAUUACUGUUCUUUUGUUCUCACUUUAAAUUUGUCAUUUUCUUAAAUUGAAGUUUAAUUGAAUAAGCCAUACUUUUAUGGUAGUUUCUUCAGCUUCAAAGGAACCAAGCUCCACUGAACAUACGAUUUUAUUUUCUCUGUACUUUGUUAAAUUCCACCUUGUAGAAACAUUUUUUUUUAACUUUAUAUGUAUGGUAAAAGAUAUUUUUAAAUAUUGUUGUAAUUACUCAUAAAGUAAUAAUAAAAAUGAAUUUAAUUUUUAGGUAAGAUUGUGGAAAUGUUAAAGAUAAAUGUUCCUUAUAUUUUAUGUUCCGUAGGGUAGUUUUUAGCAUUUUGGCUAUUUCAAAAGUGUGUAUGCAAAUUUCUUACAUGCAAAAUUUCAUUAUUCUGAUAACUGAAGUGAAAUGUUGUUUAAAUGGAGUUAAGUAGGAUGAAAUAAUCGCCUGCAGCAUACUUCUUGGAAAAAUUUGUGUUGAACUUAAAUAUAUGCCUCCCCAGGUAACACAGCCUGUUGCACACUAUAUUGUUAAAUAUUGCCCGAUAUUAUAUGAUAUUAAUCAAUAUUCCGCAAUAUUAUACAAUAUUGCGAAUGCCAUAUUAUACAAUAUUGCGAAUAUUGAUCAAUGUCAUGCAAUAUUGUAUAGUAUAUGUGUGCUAUUAGUGUUAUGAUGAUCUGUGUGGUAUAUAUUCAUAUUGAUUUGAUAUCAAUUUGUUAAUCUCUGAAUCGUACCAUGGAGCAUUUAUUGUAUGUAGAUUUUAUGCAAACAUGUGUACUUGCAUUUUGAAUGGCAAUAAUUUUUUAAUUGUUAGACUUAUAGUUUGUUGAUGUUUUAUAUGUGUAAAUAAAA